CUCCAAUAUUAUUAUAUUUUUUACCCCAUGAUGGUUUAAUGGUUUUAUUAGAGAUUACAUUAAACAAAUUUUUGACAUUCCAUCUUAAUCCCUUCCCAAAGACCCCAACAUUGAUGAAUUGGAAGAAACGGGGGUUUCUCUUCAAUGUUAUAAUAAGGACAUAAGUAUUUCGUUUGGAAAUGGUGAACUGGCUCUUUAUUUGCAUUUUAUGAUUCAAUAAUAUUAUUUUAUUUGUUAAGCGGUAUUUUUGGAGGAAUUUUCACCAAUAAAACAAUUAUCGCUUGUGAUUUUUUUUUCAUUUCUUUCGUAAAAAGUGGGGGGGGGGGGAUGUUUGUACAGACCAUCCCCCCCUCCUCGAAAAGUGUGGGGGGGGAUAUAUCCCCCCUCCCCCCCCCCGGGAUUUACGCCAAUGAUUGAACCUGAACAGUUUCAAUCAUACAUAAACAGUUUUGUCUUGUACUGGUGUCAUUAUUUUCAAAUCCACAUCGCGAGGUUUUUCUGAAAGAAUUUAAAAAAUCAAAUUACAAAAGGGACUUGAACUAUGAGACUUUUUCCUGUUUAAUGAAUUGACCUGAAAAAUAAUCUAAUGUAUGGGAGAGAGGGGGAGAAAAGAGGGAAUUUCCCGUGGUUUAUUUUCAAAUGAAUGGGAGAGAUAAGGAGAGGAAGAGAUAUAAAGAGAGAGAGAGAGAAACAAAAAGAAACAGAUAGGGAGAGGGUGUGUGUGUGUGGGGAAGAGAAAUCGGAGAGAUUUCCGUCAUUGAAACCCCAUCCUAAAUGUCCUACGAUUUGUUUCUUCUAUUGCUAAGUAACAUCAAAAGUACAAACAUAAGUAUGCUGAAUCGAAAUGAUCAUAAUCACGAACAUGCAUCAAUUGGCCUAUACUUAUGUUGAAUGGCUAAGCGAUUAUGAUGUUUUCACACCAUACUACGCUGACGCGAAGCCACGAGAGGUACAUUUCAUUGUCUGUAAAUUCAUUGUCACUGUCAGAUCUCAAAAGAAAAGAAAAAUCGUAAAUCGUUGAACAAUAGUUUAAGCAGUAAGAUCUCUUGGAGGUAUAUGUUCACUUUUAUACAUUAUUUCCCGAAGAGGUAAAUGUAUUCAGAUAGCAUAAUCACGAUCAUUUAUGCCAUUGAGGGUAAAGAAAUAACAACAUCAACAAUAAUCAUGAUAAUAAUAAUAAAAUACAACUGAAAUCACAUAAACGGAGAUGAGGGGGAGAGGGAUGGGUGUGAUCAAUCUAUAAACAAAUUCGAAUUGUCGCGGUACCAAAGGAGGAUAUGGGCUUAAACCCCACCUGUAUGUGUAAACAUGUACAAAAACAUUAAAACUAUUGUAUUGCAAUGUUAUGCACGUUUGGCCUUCACAGCCAUUUCUGCUCAGCUCACCUACUUUUCAAAGUCAUUCCAUAGCCCCUGAAAUGAGAAAAACUUAUCUAUUUGGUAAAGGGUCGGAAAAACAUGUAAAAAUUUCAACAUUAACAAUGUCCUGAUCAUUUUCAUCUGUUGCAAAAAAAAUAACAAGUUGGAUCAUUGAAAAGGAAAACCUACUUCAUAUUUAACUCAAAUUUGUAACCCCUUUUCAACUGCAUAAUAUUUAUUGGAACAUCAUCAUAUAAGAAUGCCUUUAACAUGUUUAAUGUUUGAUACCCCUCUUGGAUAGUAUAUAUAAAUGAGUUCAUAACCCCCACCUCCGUCGCACAUCGGGAUGUUUUGUUUACCUGUUGUUAUGACGAUGAUAUUUUUGUUUUCAUUCUGAACUAUUGAUCACCCCUGGGGACCUAGGGAAGUGGUUCAUGAUAUUGAAUUGUGAUGCUUCGAUGCAAACAAUCAUGUGGAUAUAAUGAUGGCCCGUGACUCCUUCCAAACGUGAAUCAACGUUCAUUGUCGUCUAUCAUCCACGUUUGCAGCGUCUCAUGUGAAGUUUUAACGGGGAUGAAUCAACUUUUUCACUUUGACUGUCGUAGUGUGCGAUAUGGACUUGUGUAUCCGGUUAAUUUUGUCUAAAACGUUUAGAACGUCAUCGAUGCUCAUCGAUGUACAGGGGUGUGAUGGUUUGGCAUUGGAAGUUUGAAGAGUUUAAAAAUCCUUGAUAUGGGUGCAUCUGUGACUACCUGUAAAUAGUGAUUUUGGUCUUAUCUGUCUCACAGUGAACAUUAUUCAAAAGAGCUUUGUCUGAAAACAGCUAACAUGGCCGAACAGGGCGAAGAUCCUUUAAAGAGUUCACAGAACCUGAUAUGUCCACUAUGCUUGGAAAUGUUUAAAGAUGCAACUCUUCUCACAUGUGGACACACUUUUUGUCGCAUUUGCCUCGAAAACUAUGACGAGACCCAGAGAGAAGUUGCUGACAUGGCUUGUCCUCUCUGCAGGGUGACAACUAAAUUGGAAAAAGAACGCGUGGCAGGGCUCCCCGCUAAUGUUACCGUCAAUGGUCUGGUGGACGACUGCCGUUCUGCUGGUGAAGGCCAUAAAUCUCCUGAUGAUGUCACCAAGUGCACAGCCUGUGAAUUUGGAAAGGAUGCGGUUUCUUUCUGCAUUGCUUGCAGUUAUUACAUGUGUGAGGGAUGUGACGAGGGACACGGCAAGUUGAUGACAACAUUCUUCAGGGGUCACCAGGUAGUCUCACUGGAUGAUGUGAAAGAGAAGGAUAUCAGCAUUGAUGAGUUAUCUAACAAAUGUUCCAUACACAAGCGAGAUGACAAGGAUUUGUUCUGCAAGGACUGCAAGGUCUUUAUCUGUUACAAGUGUACGAUCGUUAGUCAUCGUGAUCAUGUCAUCAAGAACCAACCCGACGUCGUGGAUGAGCUUAAGAAUACGGUAGAUCGGCUGAUCAAGCUGUCUGAUUCAACCAUUGCCUCACUCAAAGAAAAUAUUGGGUUCAUUGAAGAUAAGAAGACAGGAGUUCAAGAAACUACCAAGAAACUUCGGGCUGAUGUGACGGAGGCAGUUCAUGUUAAAUCUAUUCAGCUCCAAGAAAAUGAGCGUAUGCUUCUUGAACAAGUACAUGCUCUGCAGGAGAGGUGUGAUGGCGACAUAGAUACCUUAAAAGAGAAUGCCGUUCACAGGAUCCAAAAUAUCUCACGUUCACUAGCAUUGGUUAAGGACGGCAUCAAGACACGCCAUCUUGAGAUGGAGAGAUUAACGGCACACUCUUUAGUGUGUGAGGAAUUGGAAGCUAGUCUAGGCGAAGCCUCUGAUGAAACGUCUGCAAAGGAUAUACUGGAGAGUGUGGAAGAGGUGAAAUUUCUUCCUACCGAUAACAUGCAUGAAGAAGUUGGCCAGUUCUCAAUUCCGACAUGCAGAAUCAUCAACAAAAUUGAGUUUCCCAAACAUAUCCAAGGAAUGGUAAAAAUGAACAUCAAAAGCGUCGUAAUUGCUCAAUAUGGUGGACAGAGUGUCAUUAAAAUCAACUCCAAUGGCGAUAAACAGGACAUGCAGAAGCUACCGUCCAUGUUCUACUACGACAUUGCUUUUCAGAGCAGGUCCAAGAUGGUGGUAUCUUCCAAUUCCUAUUAUGAAAUUCAUGUGCAUGCCAAGGAUGGAUCUCGUCUGGCGACGAUAGAAGUACCACGAGGUGGUGAUUACCCAAAGGUGAGCAUCGGUCCCUCAGAUGAGAUCUUGGUUGCCAACAAAUCAAGCCAGGUUUUCAUUUACGAGUCUAGCGGACAAACCCUGACACAUACCAUACCGACUCCAAACUUACCAAAGCAAGCCUUUGCCACCAUGUCAGGAGCAAUUGUCACGAGUUCCUGUGAUGCAAACCCCAGUGUGGUACAGCUGUAUGACAAGGAUGGUAACGCAGGUACAUCUCUUCGAGCCCUUCAGGGGGAAUACCUCUAUCCUGCUGUAGAUAGUAAGGACAGGAUCUUUAUUGCAAGAGUCAAGAAGGGCACUCUUCUGUUCACGCUCUAUGAGCUAGAAGGUCUUGACCUGAGGAAAAGGGCACAAUUUGAAGAACUGAAAAUAUCCCCGGGUAGCAACGCAUGCUAUUUGGUGUGCCUUUCUCGAGGUAUGCUUGCUUUUGCCUGUGGUUGUUGGCUUUAUUUUGUGAAAGUUCCCUAUAUAUAUUCUACAUACUAAUUGUACUUGCCAUUGCACUUGCUAAUUGCUUACUUGUAAGCAUGUUGUUUAAUUGUGUUCAUGAUUGUGACACCCAGAAAGUUUGUUGACAUGGUUGAUGAUUUGCAAAAAGGAAUUCUUUCCGCUUUUACUGAAAAAAAUGAACAGUAUUGUCGACUACAAAAUGGCAAUGGAUCUUAUACACUCUUUGUUAUUGCCUGAGAAAAUCAAAUUUUUCUUCUUCAUAUUUUUGGUUUUCGCAUUACAUUCGUUUUAUGAAAUGUAAGUAUUGUCAAUAUAUGAUAUUAUUAUUGAACUAUUAGAAUCUCACUGUUAUAAUAUGAUUCCUGUAAAAAGUGGUAGAACUUCUGAGUAAUAUUUAUUUAUGGCAGCUAUGCUUUUUGGUUUGUAAUUGUUUUAAAAAGUGAAUGUUUCAAGGCCAACAUCAUCCUCUUUAGGCAUGUUAGGGGGAUGCGAACUGACCAUUACAUUGUGUAGUUUCUCGUUGAUUGUGUGAUAUAAAUAGCAAUACUUUAAAGUAAUUAUACAUGUUGAGAUAAAUACAUAUAAUGAAAUUGGCCUUUUAUUUCAUUUCUAUAAAGAAACUAAAAUGAUUUGAGAGGAACAUACUUGCUUUGCUACUUGGUACAUAAAUUAUUAUAUUACAUGUACUGCGGUAUGAAUGUAGUAAAUUAACCUGUUAUCGUUCAAUUGAGCCUAAAUCUAAAGGUCAAGUCUACCCAGAAAAGUGUUAAUUUGAAUAAAUAGAGAAAAAUCAAACAAAAAUAAUGCUGAAAUUUCGUCAAAAUCGAAUGUAAAAUAAGAAAGUUAUGACAUUCUAAGGUUUCGAUAUUUUUACUAAACAGUUAUAUGCUCAACUAAGCAGCAUGCAAAUGAGAGAGUUGGUGAUGUCCCCCACUCACUAUUUCUCUUGAUUUUAUUGUUUGAAUUAUACAAUAUUUAAUUUUUUUUUUACAGAUUUGACGAUAAGGACCAGCUUGACUAAACCAGAAAAUGUUAAAACAAUUGUAAUAUCCCAUGCUCAUGGAGGAAGAAAACUUUCUCACCUUCCAAUGAGGAGAAUACUAGAACAUUUCAUAUUUCAUAUAGUGAAAUGCAAAAGAAAAAGUGAGUGAUGCCAUCAGUCCCCUCAUUUGCACGGGGAUGUGCAUAUAACUGUUUUGUGAGAUUAAGCAAAAUUAAAGAUGUCCGAUUUCGAUGAAAUUUUCUGUGUUAUGCUUGUUGGAUUUUUCUCUUUUUGUUCUCUUUUCUCUUUUUGACCCCUUUGAUCUGCAUCUUUAUUUAUAAUUUGUAAUUUUCUGACAAGCAAUCUAAGCAAAAUUUAAACCAAAGACUUUAGUAUUUGAACUUUGGAAAAAAUCCAAUAGUGUGGCUGCACGAUAUAUAAAUAUUCUAUUCAUUUUCCUUUGCAAAUUUAAAUUUUCAUAUGCUGAAAAUAUUUCGGAACAAAAUUGUCAGUACCUUAUAAUAAAGUUGUUCUUUUAAUGGUUUGCAUAUUCGUAAAUUUUGUUAUUUCGUUCCCAGUUUUUAUUUUCAACUGAUAUUAUGAAUGAUCAUUCGUGCGCAAAUUAUAAAACACAUGUAUAAAAAUCGACAGAUGGCUCUUUAUCCUUGUUAGUACUUUUGAAAUUCCCAAUUUAAUUUUACAUAAUUGUUGCUGUCACUGUUUCUGUUGUUAUCUUAAUAAUCUAGAAAUUUUCACAAAUGUUGAUGUGUUGCAGAAUGCAGUUCUUGUCUGUUUCUAUAAUAAAAAGGAAAUGAAUUUUAUUUUCGCAAUGUCUUUACCAUGC